UGACAUUAGUACAACUUCGAAGGAGGAUUUCAUGCCAGUUUUUGUUUUUUCCUUGUGGCUUUCAGGCACAUUUUUCAGAGUGAUCGGACUCCACAGCAAUCAGUGUUGCGCCAAUUCAGUACACUCGUUCGGAUUUAAUUACAUUUAAUGCGAUCGCGCGAAGGCUGAGUGAGUCACCAACAUCGCGCAAGCAGAGGAAAAAAAAAUUGUGAGAUUUGUGCGACUGUGAUUUUUCCUCACCACGAUUUCUCAGACAUUUGUGGCCUUCUUGGGCAAUUUUUCUAGUUCUAGUGUGUUCUGUGGUCAGUGGAGUGUGUACUGGGGCAUUCUGAAGGGGUUUCAGUGAAGGGGAAUUUGUGAAAUUGUGCUGAAGAAAGAGGAAUCUUCUUAUCGGACGACAUAAGACGACGCAAAGAAAAAGCUGGGGAGGAAGUCCAAAAUUGACGCGAUAAAUUGGUGCAAGUGGCUGGCAGAAUCUGGCCAGAGGUGGUGCGAGGAGAGACGGAUAAAUUGCGCUUUGUGAUUUACUCGGUUCAUUGUCGCGCGAGAAAAGUGGUUGCGGAGUUGUCUGUGUGGUGUCCGGAAGACGCCAUCGGAGUUGAUUGUGGUUGUGGAGUAGCGUAAGACGGAGUGGGAAGAUGCAAGAAAGUGACCCAGCACGAGUCACAAGGACUUGCCAACUAAAAAUAGCCACUAGUCGUGUUUGGUGAGAAGUCUCUUGGUCACUUCGUUUGCAUCAAUUUGGAGUCUUGGGCAUCCUUUUCUUCGUGCUUCAGAGAUUGACUGAAGUUGUGCUAUAGGAUGGAAGAGAAACGAGUAGCAGAUUAUUUUGUGGUGGCAGGAAUGCCAGAACAACCACAAUUGCUCCAAGAGAACAUUUUCAAUGACAGUGGUCAUCUCAAGGCUGCCAUUUCAACAGAUCCUAUCAUAGACAUUGGGGUCUUUUUCCCGGCUCACGGUGAAAAAGUACCCCGUGGCUUUGAGAUUCUCGAAUAUACUCCAACUGGGCUGUAUGCUGAUUUGAAUUUUGGUUCUGUUCGCACCACCGCGUGUUUUAUCUACUUCCGCCGGGGCAGAGAAAAGCCACCUCUUGUGGACAUUGGGGUGAUGUACGAUGGGGCCGAGAGAAUUAUGCCCGAUGCUGAGAUUGUUCUGCAAACACCAGGAGAACGUGUGGCCAAUGUUAAUAAUUCCUCAGCAAAGACUUUUCUCACUUUCCGGCGUGCCAGACCUGAUAUGCCAUGCAAUGAACUUGUGGUGACGGAUCUGUGUGUGAUCGUGCCUAGCAAGGGUGAAAGACCACCACAUGCCUUUUGUCAGAUCCACAAGACUCUCAAUAAGGGCAUGAUGGGUAGUGAUGUUUAUCUGUGCUACAAGAAAUCCAUGAACCGUCCGCGGCAUAUCAGCUAUCAGCCCGAAAUUCUCCACAGAUACCCAGCUGCAGAUCACAAUGAUUUCCCCCUAAAUCUCUGUCCGAGUGUGCCUUUGUUCUGUCUGCCCAUGGGAAGUUCGCUGGAGUUGUGGCCUCAUGCCGUUCAAGAGAAUGAACGACGCCGCAGAGCCCCAAUUGCUCCGAUUUUCAGCACAUUUGUCCUUACCGUAGCUGAUGGAACGUACAAAGUCUACGGAUCAGCGCUGACGUUCUACGAAGAUUUUCCAUAUGAAAAUCUUACGUCGGAACAGAAAGAAUUGUUGGAGUGGAAUGAGGAGAUGCAGGAAACACAUACGCUCCAUGUCAACAAGUCCAUCUGUCUCCUGUCCCAUCAUCCCUUUGGCGACACUUUUGAGAAGUGGCUGCAGUUUCUCCAGAAUUGUGUUUAUUCGCAGCAAAUGGCGGCAAGUAGACAACAAUUGCCGGUGCCCAUUGAGAGAUACAUUACGCAGCUGCUGGAUGAGGUACCUUUCCCCUCGCCAAGCAUUCUUCUGCAAUUGUCCAAUGUCAGCAAUGAUCGAAUACUACUUACUCAGCCUGAAGAUUCACCAUUGCCACGCAGUGGAGCUGGCUUUAGGCAACUCUUGGCCAAUUUGGGCCCUGAAAACUGCCUCCAUGUCCUUCUACUUGUGCUGACUGAACAGAAGAUCCUCAUUCAUUCACUCAGACCUGCAACCCUUACUGCAGUGGCUGAAGCUGUAGUGACGCUACUGUUUCCCUUCAAAUGGCAAUGUCCCUAUAUUCCUCUCUGUCCCUUGGGACUCGCUGAAGUCCUCCAUGCUCCGUUGCCUUAUCUAAUAGGGGUAGAUUCGCGCUUUUUUGAUUUGUACGAUCCACCAAAUGAUGUCACUUGUGUGGAUUUGGACACAAACAGUAUAAGUGUUUGUGAAUCCCAGAAGCAUCUGACAACAAAAAUCCUUCCGAAGCGUCCAGCGAGAAUUCUCAAGCAGACCCUUAAGCAUUUGGAGGAGGUGAGUCAGUGUCACAAUGUUGACAGCACAAAUAGUCUCGAUAGGGAUUUUAAGAGGAAGAAGCGUGAACAGAAUUUAGAACAGAGAAUUCAAGAGGCAUUUCUACGAUUUAUGUCGUCAAUUCUCAAGGGAUAUCGUGAUUACUUGGUGCCAAUGUCAAAGGCACCAACAAUUGGUGCCACAGAUCCCAAUGCACUGUUUCAAUUGAGUGCAUUUUUACGGUCAAGGGAUAAGGCACACAAUAAAUUUUUCCAAUUGCUCAUGAAGACACAGAUGUUCAUACGAUUUAUUGAAGAGAGGUCAUUUGUGUCUGAUGGGGAUCAGGGAUUGGCAUUUUUUGAUGAUUGCACGGAAAAGGUGGGUGCUUAUGAGGAUACACCCACGGAGAUAAGAUUGGUGGAAUGGGAUAGUGGGCAUAGUAGUGAGAGGACAAAGUUCAUUUUACCACCAGAAUGUCAGCCAGGAGCUACAAAUGGCCUUCAGACAUUCACAUAUAGUACUUUUAUGCUGAAUCCCACCCUCUUGAAGCACUCCAAGAAGACACAUUUGUCGAAUUUUGCUCAAGUUCAUGCACAUGUAACACCGGGAUCACCUAUGGCACGUCGGACAAAGCAUGAGAUUAAGACAGCUCAGAAGAUUGCCAGGAAGAGUGCAUUGAAUCCGGAAUCGUGGGCUAAGCAUCUUCUGGCAACAUGCUAUAGCAUUUACUUUAUCAUUCUGCCGAGUGUGGUUACGGAUAAUCCUGGAAAGGAACACAGUAUCCUCCGGGCAGCUUAUGAUUUACUGGCAAAAGCCAGUAAGUAUAAGAUUCACUGCGAUGAGGUGUGCUAUCGGGUGAUGAUGCAACUCUGUGGCAUUCACAAUUUACCCGUGUUGGCUGUUAGAUUGCACUAUCUGAUGAAGCGUUCCGGUGUUCAGGCAAAUGCACUCACCUAUGGCUUCUACAAUAGAUGUGUUCUCGAGGCUCAGUGGCCGUCAGAUUCGACGACCUUGAGUCAAUUGCGAUGGAAUCGACUGAAGAAUGUUGUCUUUGGUGCAGCACAAUUUCGCAAAGCUGGCAAAAAGUUCUCCUCUCGCAAGAAACUUUCGGUGUCGUGUGAAAAUAAUCUCAGUACUCUCGAAACUGUCGAUGGUACAUCCCGGACGAGUUUGGAUUCAUCACACUCCACCAAUGAUCCACCUGCAGCCACAACAAUUGAUUUUACUGCCUUUGAUCGGCUCCGGGGACGCCUGGGGAGUAUUGUGAGGCAAUCAGGACCACAGGAACCAGCUGAUGUGUUUUCCAGUGCUGGACUCUUGAUUUCCGGUGAGGGAACCAAUAAAUCUCCCAGUCCCAACAAAGAUUCUCCGGUCUUUAAGCCGUCACCGUCGAGUCCGUGUGACUUAAGUCCACGCAUGCUGGCUAAAUCUGAUAGCUUUGCCGGUGAUUCGGGGCUCAUUGAUAAGCUCAACAGCAAAACGAGGCGAGUGCUGAAUUUUCAAGAAGUCGAAGAGGAGAUUGAAGAUAAGCAGCUGAGUUCACAGGAAGAACUCAAUGAUGAAGAAGACAAUAAACAAUUGUCAAGUCCAACCAAAAUUUCACCUCGAACACCUGUGACACAAAAUGAUCCACUUGGCGCACUAAAUGACGAUGACCAGGAAAUUUCCGUGACUCCACAGACAAAAAAUGUGGAUGGGGAUGAGGAAAGAGAUUCAUCGUGCAAUAACAACAAUACAAUGUAUACGGAUCAACCAAUUUUGUUCAAGGGACACAGAAGUGCCACUUUUGAUGAAUCAACACAGCUCAACAAGAGUAUGCAUAGGUCUGAGACAAUGCCAGCGGCCUCGGUGACAUCGAGUUUGGCGAGUUUGGGAUCAUCACUGAAGUUUAGCUUUGGACGCUAUUCCCCUGCACGUUUGUCGUUGAGAAAGGAUCUCAAAAUUCCAACGCAAAUAAUCGAGAACUUUCCCAAUAUCAGUCCAAGUUUGACGGGAAAGAAGUCAAAUGAAAUCAUUCAAGGUGGAAUAAGCACCAUUAAGCAUGCAGCAACAUCAGUUGUGAAGAAAUUGGAUGAAAUUAAGGAGGCAAUAUCGACCAAUUCAACACCUGUGAAGACGGGAAGUUUGGAACGUGGAGCUCAGCUACAUAUGUCAGAAGAUGAUUUGUUGACUGAUGAUCCAGCUUCUAGAUCUCGACGUGCCAGUGAUUUGGAUCUAUGGGGGAGAUUGAGUGAAUCAAGGAAAUCCAGCUACAAUAAUUUAGUGCCUCUUGGCGAAAAUACGUCCAGCAAUAGUUUGAACAACAACUAUCCAACAAUACCGGACAAUUUGUAUCCACAAUUUGUGGAGGUGUGUGAGACACAAGAAUGUGAUAUUACGAUAGAAUUAACAUCCUGCUCACAGUGUCACAACUGUUCUGUACUCCUAUACGAUGAGGAUAUAAUGGCGGGAUGGUCGGCGGAGGAUUCCAACUUGAAUACAACAUGCCAUGCCUGUAGCAAGUUAACUGUGCCAUUCCUCAAUGUCUACAUGAAUGUACACAGUGAGACGUUGCAGAAGGUGAAGAAAUCAGAACGUAUCAGUGUGCCGUAUCUGAAUCCAUUGGUGCUGAGGAAGGAAUUGGAGAAUAUUCUUAUGCAGGAAGGUGAUGCUGUCCUCUGCAAAUUGUCCUUUGUAGAGGAACAUCCUAUCAUUUACUGGAAUUUGGUGUGGAUUAUGGAGAGAAUUGAUGUUACUACACAUCUGCCUAAUUUGUGCCUGCCCAAACAGGAGGAUGAGGAAAUUGAUCCAUUGAGCGGAAUGAAAACUUUGGUGAUUCAGUGCCUGUGGGACAAUUUGGAGUUGCAUUCGGAAGCUGGUCCACCAAUGUAUGUGGUAUGGCGACAGAAUCCCUCACCAAGUCCGCUGCUAAAGGCUCUUCUCACUGAUCAAACAACUCUCAAUCGAACGGUGAUUCAGCAAGUGAUCUCAGCUGUAAGGUGCAAUGAUCUGUUGACACCUGUGAGACGAUUAGCAAAUGAGAGGCACAAAUUGAAGGGACGUGGUGUUGAUCGUACGCAUUCAAUUUACCGAGAUAUCCUAUUUCUUGCCCUUACGGCAAUUGGUAGGGCAAAUAUUGACAUGGGAUUCUUUCACCGUGAAUAUGCACUUGUGUUUGAUAAGUUGACUGAGAAGGAAUGCAAAACCUACUAUCGUAGUCAAGAUCUGCCACCGGCAGCUGCAGCUAUUUGCUGUAGGGCAUAUUUCAAGCCCCUUCUGCUACCUUGACAAUUAGACAAUCGACAGAUGUGGCAUUUUCGCAGGUAAUUGAUUUAAGAGAUCAUCUUGUUAUAUCUGCUUCAUCUCUGGUGCACUUUUCAUUAGCCUUAAUUCUCUAUUGAGUUAAUUAAAAUAAAUAAAAAUGCGCGUGUGUGAUUUUUGACACUCUAAAGAGGAUUAUCGCGUCACCACAAAAGAUUUUCUAAAAGUGGUGUCACAAAUCUUGAUUCUUGACUUUUGUUUUAAUCAUUCAGAUAAUCUAUUGAGAGGGAGAUGUCUAACUCCCAUGUUAAUUUGUGAGAUUCCUCUUGGUGUGAGACAAAUGAUGCUGAAGUAAAUGUAAUUCACUUUGAUUAAUAAUAAAAGAGAUUGCAUUGAUAAAUGAUGUGAGAUGUGGUUAACAAAUGAAUCAACGAAUUAGAAGACAUUGAGACUUUACUUUUUUUUAAUUUUCCUGUCAUCUUGUACUUAAUAAAGUAAACAAAAAGAAAAAAAAGACAGACAAGCCACUCAAUUACCCGAUUAAGGUCUCAGUUGUAUUUUUUUUUCAAUAAAACUUUAUUUCUUAUUUUACAUCAAUAAAAAAAAAAUACGGAGAUAAGAUCUUCAAUUAUUAUGUUACUCUUUAGGAUAUACAAAUAAUAAAAAAAAAAUCUAUAAAUGGCUUUCGUAAUAAUGUACAGUGUCGGCACAGCUGAUGAUGAGAAUAAAAUUAAUGAGAAAAGUA